UUACCAAAAAAAGACAUCCCCUCAACAUACCAAAAAUGGAUAAUUAUCUCACCUUCUCUGUCCUAUUUUCUUUCCUUUUAACAUUCGUCUAUGCGAUCACCAUCUCCAGCCGCCGCAACUCACGCCUUCCGCCAGGGCCUUUCCCUUUUCCGAUCAUUGGAAACCUUUUACACCUCGGCGACAAGCCCCACCAAUCUCUUGCCACACUCUCCAAGCGUUACGGUCCUUUAAUGUCGCUUAAGCUUGGAACUAGAACAACCAUUGUCGUUUCAUCACCCGAUAUUGCCAAAGAGUUUUUUCAAAAACAUGACCAUUUGUUCUCUAGCCGAUCAAUGCCCGACACUGCAAGGCUGGUGGACCACGAUAAGUACUCCAUGGUGUGGCUUCCAGCGGGAGAUCAAUGGCGAAGACUACGAAGAAUAACCAAAGAGUAUAUAUUAUCAGUGCAACGUCUAGAUGCUAGUGAACCACUCCGCCAAAAGAAGGUAAAAGAACUUCUCGAUCAUGUUAAUCAUUGUUGCACAAGUGAAAAGGCUGUGAACAUAGGUGGAAUGGCAUUUACGACGUUACUUAAUGUACUGUCAAACUACAUGUUUUCUAUGGAUCUUGCCCAGUAUGAUUCUUUGUCAUCACAAGAAUUCAAGGAUAAUGUUUGGGCUAUACUAGAAAUUGUAGGGAAGCCAAAUAUAGCCGACUAUUUUCCAAUUCUUAAAAUGUUUGAUCCCCAAGGGUUACUACGACGCGCAAAUGUUCAUGGUAACAAGAUAUUGACUAUCCUGGAUAGGGUUAUCGAUCAACGGUUGCAAACAAUAUCAACUUUAACAGCAAACAACGAUGUGUUGGACUUGUUGCUCAACCUUACCCGAAAGGAUGAAACCAUGUUCAAUCAAAAUGACAUGAGACAUUUGUUUUUCGUUUUAUUUAUUGCGGGAACUGAUACAACAUCGAGCGUGUUGGAAUGGGCCAUGGCUGAACUUAUUCACAGCCCAAAUAAAUUGGAAAAGGCUCGCUCAGAGGUUAUCAAAUUCAUGGAAAACAAGAAGAAUAUAAUACAAGAAUCAGAUAUCUCUCAACUCCCUUAUCUGCAAGCUGUUAUAAAAGAAACUCUUCGUUUACAUCCCCCAGCCCCUUUUCUUGUCCCUCACCAAGCCAUACAAGACGUAGAAAUCCAAGGCUUCAUGGUUCCUAAAAAUGCACAAAUUCUUUGUAAUGUGUGGGCAAUGGGACGAGACCCAAAACUUUGGUCACAUCCAGAAACGUUCAUGCCAGAGAGGUUUUUGGAGGAAGUCAAUGUUGACUAUAGAGGCCAAGAUUUUGAACUCAUUCCGUUUGGUGCUGGAAGGAGGAUAUGUCCGGGGUUAAAUAUGGCGUAUAGAAUGUUGCAUAUAAUGUUAGGUUCUUUGAUUCAGAAGUUUGAUUGGAAGCUCGAAGGAAACAUGAGAGUACAAGAUAUGGAUAUGGGCGAGAAGUUUGGGCUCACGUUGCAAAGAAGUGUACCACUUAAGGCUAUUCCACUCAGACUUUAAUGGGUUUUAAACAGGUGUAUUUAUAUUGUUUAAACAAGAAUAAAAAAUGUAUUAGUAAAUUGUGUAACCGUAUAAUGUAACUAAUGUGCUUAUAUUCGUGGUUCUAAGAUAAUGAUUUAGU